AGAUUUUGUCAAGUUCCAUCUUACAGAAAUGGUGUCAUUCAAAGAUUUUCCAACAACAUGUCAGAAAUGAAAAGGCUCACUGCAUGCGACUUUGAAGAUAUUUUGCAAUGCGCUAUGCUGGUCUUCGAAGGGCUUUUCCCUGGGGACCACGAUGCAAUUAUACAGUCACUUCUAUAUAGGUUUGCACAUUGGCACACCCUUGCAAAACUCCAAGUACACUCCAAAACCACUUUGUCAGCUCUGGAUAACACAUUCAAAAAGCUCUCUGGUCAGUUGCACAGAUUCCAUGAUUUCAUGUGCAUCACUUUCACAAUGAUGGAGCUGCCAAAAGAAAGGGCUGCUUGGGAGCGCAGGGCAGCGUGUGAAUGUUCAGGUCUCGACAAUCCAGAUGCUGGGAGCGGCAGUCAAAAGGUUAAGAAGUUUAAUUUGAGUACUUAUAAAUUUCAUGCCAUGGAAGACUAUGUGCAGUCAAUUCGACUCUUUGGAACAACUGAUUCCUUCACCAUGCAAUUGUAG